CUCCAAAGUAAAAUGUCAAAGAAAAUAUUUGUACUUAUACUAAGUCAAGAUCUUACAAAGAUAUUUUAAUGUGCUAAACGCAGUGAUCACAUGACGAAUAUAAAAUUGUGCUGUAACUAUAAACUGUAGAUGAACUACAACCAUUUGCCUUGUAGAUGUCAUGUCUCACAGCCAAAUAUGGCUUUCGCAGUAAGAGGAGCUCUCUUGAUAAACUAUGUGACACACAUCAUUAUCUAACCAUCAAAUGUAAUUUGAUGCAUGAGACUACUGAUUAGUUUACCUUGCGAUUCUGCAGGUGGUAAAACCCCACCAGCACAUUUAAGACUAGUGAUGGUUGGUGCUCAGUGGUCAGCUAAGAGCUCGGCUGGAAACACCAUUCUGAGGAAAAAGGCUUUUGCUGUUCAUCACAGAAGAACAACGAUGUCCUGUGAAAUUAAUCACGGCGUUCUGGGAGAAAGGAGACUCGCAGUGGUGGAUUCUCCUGGUUGGUUCUACAACCACACCCUUCAGGACACCUCUGAGACAGAUAAACAUGAAAUAGAGAACAGUGUGUACAUGUGCACUCCAGGACCCCACGCAGUGCUCCUCGUGGUCGGCCUGGCAUCUGCAUUUAAUACAUCCUACCACAGAGCAGUCCAGGAGCACAUGAGUCUGUUUAGGGAUGAUGUCUGGAAGCACACCAUUGUUCUGUUCACUAGAGGUGAUUGGCUGGGAGUGAAGACUGUGGAAGAACGUAUAGAGAGUGAGGAAGGUCUGCAGUGGCUGAUGAAGCAGUGUGGGAACAGGUACCACGUCCUGGACAACAUGAAGGAUAAUGAUGAGAUGCAGGUACAAGAUCUCCUGGAGAAGAUUGAAGAGAUGUGGGCAGGAAAUGAAAACUCACAUUAUGAAGUUGAUCUGGAUCGUGAAGCACAGCUGGAGGCCAGAAAAGAGGUUGAAGGAAAAUUAGCUAGGAGGAUCAGAAAGACCACUGAAAGACAAUCAAGAAUACUGGGAAAGUUAUUUGAAGGAGAGAGGCUGACAAUCACUGACCUGAGGAUUGUACUGCUUGGCAGAGAGGAAUCUGGGAAGAGUAUGGCAGGAAACAACAUCCUUUUUGAAGAGAUAUUUGAGAGAGUUUGGGUGAAGAAGGAAUUCGAGGACCGGAGAAGAACAGAAAAGUGUGUAAAGCAUGAAGGAAAUUUAGGUGGAAUAAAUGUUGCAGUCGUUGAGACUCCAGGCUGGCCUGCAGACACGACGGCUCCUGUCUGGCUAAAAGAAGAAGUUCUCCGCAGCGUCUCCAUGUGCGCUCCAGGCCCUCAUGUUUUUCUUUUGGUUGUUCCCAUUUCCAAAGCAUUCACAGAGGAAGACCACAAAGCACUGGUUGAGCUGUUGAUGCCCUUUGGAGAGAGAGUGUGGAGACAUUGCAUGGUGUUGUUCACCUGGGGAGACUGGCUGAAUGACAGACUCAUUGAGGAGCACAUUGCAGGAGAGGGGAAAAGCCUCCAGUGGCUGGUGGAAAACUGUGGGUACAGAUACCAUGUCCUCAACUGCCAUGGUUUGGGUUAUCAUUUUCCUGUCAAACUGCUCUUCCAAAAAAUCACUGACAUGAUCACACGGAACAAGGAACAAUGCUUCACUGCUGAAAGCAAACAAGGGAAAAAACACAAACUGCCCUGGCGAUCAAGACAGUCUGUGCUGACAGAAGAAGAGUGGAACAGGAGGGAGCAAGAGCUGAUAGACCGAAUGUUGAGAGCUGUUGUAAAUGAACCAGAAGAGCCAACACAACCAUUUGUGAAGCGAGGAGCCAGCUUGGAUGGAGUUUUCAUUCCAAGCAUGAGCGGAGACGCUCCCUCCGAGUUUGGGAACAUGUCAGAACUUUUUAAUCAAAGAGCACGUGCCAAAGUGUCUGAAUGGCUGAAGACCAGAGCUGGAAACUCUGAUGUCACCUCGGGGAUUGGCAGCAUGAGCGCCUCAGCCAGUCAUGUGGAUGAAAGUCCUCUGCCUGAUGAAAACGAUUAACCAGCAAGUUCUGUGAAACAUUAAAUAAUUUGAAAAUAAUAAUAAUAAUUUGAAUUCACACAUUCUUGUUAAAAACAGAAACACAUGAUAAUCUGAUCUUUUUUCCAAUAUCAGAAUCAGAGAGACUUUAUUUAUCCCGAAGGGGCAAUUAAGAUAAAUAUUAAAUAUUGUUUUUUGGAUUUAAUAGUGCAUGCCCAGCCACUUGGGUUGGCACACUGUAUUUUUAUGAAAAAAAUAAAGUCCUGCUAAUUUAAUAUUUACAUUUUUGUUCUCUUACUCUUAUCAUUUUUCACAAUAAAAUGGGGAAUUGACCCAUUUAAAAACAAUGUUAAUGUUUGUAAAUAAAGAAAUAUUACAUUUAUUAAUCAUGUCAAUUCCCUGCACCUGUCACAGACAUGAAGGUCAAGUGUUGAACGUCAUAUUGACGUCCAGGUUGGGUCAUGGUUGGAUGUUCAAAUUGUGGACCAAGUUUGGACGUGUAUCGAUGCCCAGAAUUGGUCAUGGACCGAUGGACCUAAUACAGACAUGCUCUGCCCAUGUAUCUGACGUCCAAUGUUUUGUGGGUACAGGUUACGAAAUUUUCUCAAAGUAAAGCAAGUCAAAAUAAUCGUUGUAGUGGGAAAAGAAUCACAGCUCACGAACAUUUCUGUCACUUCAAUGUUCUGUUGUUGCUCUGAGGUUUACUGCUUUUUGUGGAUUUAAAUUAAUUAAAUUAAAAUAAUCUCUGCUACAUUUUAUGUAACCUAACUGUGACAUGAACACCAAAGCAACUGUGCACCAACACAGUGCAUUAUUGUAGAUUCAUCACAGUGACAAUCUAACAUGUUUAUCCUGCACUAAACUGCUGAGUGUUGUCAUGGAACAUCUGAAUAACAAAAACUAAGUACACACUUUGUUUUGUUUUGCUGGGUAUAUCACAAUAUAUAAAAAGCUGAACUUCACAUCAUACACAACCAAUAUCUUAUUUAAAAAAUAAACACAUUACAUGUAAGCUUCAAAUUUCCUUUUUAUCAAAUGUCCCCGAGUAGUCCUUACCUUUAAAAAUAACCUCUCUUCUUCUUCUGUUCUGCCUUUCUCAUGUUUCCCCAUCUCUGAGUGAACAGCUCUCAUUUCUUUCUUCCCUGUGAAAUAAAACACCUGUACCUGUACCUGUGUGACACAGAAACAAUUUGUGUGUUUGCUGAUAUUUGUUGAGCUUACAUAAACACUGCAUUUGAAAUUAUCUGCCAUUAAAAAAAGAACAAACAAAAAACCUUCUUACUCCCUUUAUACUCGCUCCUCUUCUGUAGGGCUAGCUUAAUGCUGAAGUACUGCAAACACACUGCAUAAACUACCUUUUUGCCUCCUUCAUUCCUUUGUAUGCAAUAAGCACUGGUGAUGGAUACACCAGUAGAAUGGUCUUUAUAUAUCUUUGUUCUAUUUUGUUAGUCCCAUAUUUAUUGGUUUGAAGGCCCACAGUGGUUUGAAAUAAUACUUCCCCCAAAUGUGUUAAGUAACAAGCCUGUUUUGAAAGUGUAAAGAGUAGAAAGGUCAGAUAUUUUUGUAAAAAUUGAGUAAAAGUAAAAGGUUUCAGAAAAAUAAGUACUACAGAUACCAGAAUAUUGUAUUUAAUUACAGUAAUGAUGUUUUUGUCUGUGAAGGUUCUCAGUCAUCCAGGUCAUCGUAGUCAAA